AUGGCUAACCCCCCGCAGGACGAAUGCUAUAACUACAUCAAGGUGCUGGUGCCCAAGAAUGAUCGGACCCUCUUCGCCUGCGGGACGAACUCCUUCAAUCCCAUGUGCCGGACCUACCAGAUCAGCAGCCUGGAGCAGGAAGGGGAGGAGCUGAACGGCCAGGCCCGCUGCCCUUUCGAUGCCAAGCAGACCAACGUUGCCCUCUUUGCAGAGCCCCACUUCCUCCACGCCCUGGAAUACGGGAACUACGUCUACUUCUUCUUCCGGGAGAUCUCCAUGGAAUACACCACCCUGGGCAGGGUGAUCUUCUCGCGCGUGGGCCGGGUGUGUAAGAACGACAUGGGGGGGUCUCCCCGCGUGCUGGAGAAGUACUGGACCUCCUUCCUCAAGGCCCGGCUCAACUGCUCCGUGCCCGGAGACGCCUUCUUCUACUUCGACGUGCUGCAGGCUGUCACCGACGUCUUCCAGGUCAACGGGCGCCCCGCCGUCUUCGGGGUGUUCACCACCCAAUCCAACAGCAUCACCGGCUCGGCCGUCUGCGCCUUCUACCUGGACGACAUCGAGCGAGCGUUCGCCGGGAAGUUCAAGGAGCAGAAGAACGCGGAUUCCGCCUGGACCCCAGUCCCGGAGGAGAAGGUGCCUAAACCCAGGCCAGGCAGCUGUGCCAGCGUUGGCCAAGCAGCCGGCUACAGAACCUCCAAUGAGUUCCCCGACGAGACGCUGGCCUUCAUCAAGUCCUACCCGCUGCUGGACGAGGCCGUGCCCGCCGCCACGGGAAGGCCCUGGUUCACCAAGACCACCAGCAGGUACAAGCUGACCCAGCUGGCAGUCGACACGGCCGCCGGCCCCCACAGGAACUACACGGUGCUGUUCCUCGGCUCGGAGGACGGGAAGGUGCUGAAGGUUCUUACCGGGACUAAGGAGAACUCCAGCGUGGAGACCCUGCUCCUGGAGGAGAUCAGCGUCUACAGCCCGGCCCAGUGCAACGUGAAGAGGGAGGACAGGCGGAUUGUGGGCCUGGAGCUGGACACGGCCCACCAGGCCCUGUACGUGGCCUUCUCCAGCUGCGUGCGCCGCGUGCCGCUCAGCCGCUGCGACGCCUAUGGGAGCUGCCGGAAGAGCUGCUUGGCCUCCCGCGAUCCAUACUGUGUCUGGCUCCGGCCGGGAGCGUGUGUGGCUUUUGGACAAGAAAUCAGGGCCGGAUUCGAACAAGAUGUUGAGAACGCGGCCAAGCAGCCGGGGAGCUGUCAAGAUGCCGUGACCUCCACGGGGAAUCACAACAGUGCCAGUGACUCAUCGUAUGGGCAAGUCCGACCCGCGGGCCCCACCGCCAGUGCCGCGCCCUUCCCGGCGCCCACGGGCCGUACCCAGGCGGGCACGGCCCGAGACACCCGGCCCGCCCCUGGCGCCGGGGACCCACGCUCCACCUUACGCGUGGCUGUAAACACUCAGGGCGUGCGGCAGGAAUCCGAAGGCCAAGACGGCUCCAAGAGCGUCCAUUUCACCUUCCUCAUCGGCUGCGUCUUUGUGUCAUUCGUCCUUGGGGCCUUCUUUUCCGGUUUGUUCGUCUCCUGCUACUGCAGCCACGUGUUCCAGAAGACCAAGCACGUCAGCAAGGACCCUGAGAACACGAUCCAGCGACCCCUGUCCCUGCGGAGCUUGGCUAAGAUGAACGGGCUGCUGGACAACCCGUCCAAGGAUGGGCUGACAGAAGCCUCCUCUCCGAAACUGUACACCACGCUGCUGCCCAGUGAGAAGGAGCCGCACAACGGAACAGCCAAGGCCGGCGUGAAGGAGCACCCGGAGCUGUCCGGUUUGCCCACGCCUGAGUCCACCCCGGAGCUGCCCAUGAAGAACAUGAAGGCCAUCAGGAACCAAUGGGAGAAGAACCAGAACUGCAACAACGCCAAGGAGUCGCAGGGCAAGGGCCACCUGUUCCCCGGCCCCGUCUCCGGCACCCAGGUCUUCCAGUUCCCCGGCGCCAUGGUGCUGCCUAGCAACCUCCAGGGCUACGACCCGUCACUGGCCGGCUACCCGGAUGAAAAGAAGAUCCCCAACGCGGAGCGGGUGCUGGUGCGCCAUUCCCAGUGCUACCUGCCGAAAGGGGUGGAGGUGACGACGUUGGAGGAGCUGCUGAAACACCUCCACGAAGCUAGCGGCUCCCCGAAGAAACUGCUGAGCCAUCAGCCGGCCAUCAGCCCCCACGCGGCCAUGUCCUUCGCCAACAGGGUGCAGCCCAAGAUCCCGGACACCGAGAGCGCCCCCUAUUACAGCUCCUCCACCCUCCCCAGGGACAGCUUGCCCCGGAGGCUGGACGUUCCCCCCGACGUCACGCCGCAGUCCUGCCUGGAGAAACAGCCGCCGCCCAGGCACCCGUCGCAGAGGCACUCGCUGUGCUCGGCGCAGAAGCUGAUGAACCUAGCGAUGGGCGGGGGGCUUAUCUCCCGGCAGCACAGCCUGAGCCAGGCAGUCCGACAGCACCCGCCCCCCGCGCUCCUGACCCGCAUGCACUCCACGGGCACCCAGGUGCCCCUCGAAGGGCACGGCGUCUUCCAGAGCUCGCUGCCCAGGCCCGGCGGCAUCAAGAGAUCGGCCUCCAUGAAGCCCGACGUGCCCCCCAAGCUGCUCUUCAUGCCCUCGUCCCCCAUCAAGCCGGCCGCCCAGUUCAAGUACUGACCCCGCCAGCAUGAGCUGGGGGGGGGGGGGGCACUGCUUGCCGGCGCCCCCUGAGCCCCCGUCCGCGGCUCCGGGGUGGGGGAGGGGAGAACAAUCGGAAGCGGCCGGGCGAAAGGCCCCGCCCUCUGCCCCCUGGAUUUGUAGUUUUGCAUCUAAAAGAGCCUUUUUUUUUAACAUGCAUCCAGCACACGUCCCCUCCUAACGCCCAAGCUUCAAGACCAUGGGGCGGGCGGAGAACAUGUCCCUCUGCCACCACAUCCACCCCCCCCCCC